CUGUCUGUUGCAUAGUAGACACUCCAGCCUCACUGGUUCCACGUGCCAAACCAAGAAGAGCAAGAUGAGCUUCUGGCUGAAGGAGCAGCUUCAUUCUGAAGUCUGGGAAGGCCUGCCACCUCCUUCACUUCCGGUGGAGCAUGAGACCUUGCUCUGUGACUCUCACACAGGUGUCUACCAUGGCUAGUGAAAUGGGGAUGAUGUAAUUUGGAAGAAAUAAAGGAGAUGAUUCAUAUAAAGCAUCAGGGAUCCAUUAUGACACUGUGGAGUGGCUCAUAUCUCAUCAUAAUCAUCACCACCAUCAUCAAAUGUUUUGUGAUGUAAGCAAGCACUAGCUGCCUGGAUGGCCAGACACAGGGCAGAGCACCGAACAACCAGAAGGUACGCACAAAGAUUUUAGGCUGCUCGUGGAAGCCAGACCAAAUACCAGGAAGAUAUUGCAGCAAAAUGGACUUGAGAGAGGAUCAGUCUCAUUUGCAGUGCCAUCAGACACCUGAACGUCAUCAAAGAGAGACCCCUGCUCCAGAAAUCAUUGGAACUUGGAGUUUGCGGAACCGAGAACAACUCAGAAAAAGAAAAGCUGAAGCACAAGAAAAGCAAACUUCACAAUGGGCAUUUGGGGAACAGAAGAAACGAAAGUGGCAAAAAACAGGAAAAGUAAAUCAAAGAGGCCGGAAGAGACAACGAAAUGCAGAACCAAAGAUAGAGCCACAGUCACAAACAGCAAAGGAAAUGAUGGAGAAGGCACUGGUACCUACAGAGGCACAAAAGGAGCCACAUGGAAGAGUAUCUGAAGCCCCUGCUUUGGUAGCUUCCCCCCAAAACAUUGUGGCUGAGGAACAUUCUUUUGAACUACCUCAAGAAAGCAUUACACACCAAGAAAAUUCUUCUGAGUACCAAGAAAUAGUGGUACAAAGCCAUUCUUCUGAAACAUGCCAACAUAUGGCUGAAACUGAAGACCUCGCUCCUAAAAUGUGCCAAGACAUACUGGUACUUCAAGACCAUUCUUCGAAAGUAUGUCAAGGUGUGGCUCAGCCUGAAGUCCUUGCUCCUAAAACAAGCCAAGAAAUAGCUGUGAUUCAAGAACAUCCUUUCAAAAUAUGGCAAGAUACAGUUCAGUCUGAAGUCCUUGUUCCUCAAAUGUGCCAGGAAACAGCUGUCCCCAAAGCCCCUUAUUCUACAACCUAUGAAGUUGUUGCUGACCAGGAAGGGUGCACUCCUGAAGCAUCCCUCAAAUUGGAUGUGCCUAAAGACUAUGCAGAGGAAACACAUCCAGGCACGGUUGGACCAAAGAAACCAACUUUGAGGCAAGAUCAAGCUGAGACUGAAGGCUUCUUUCUCCAAACACAAGAAAUAUCUCAGCCUAAAGACCUUUCUACAAAAAAAUAUCAAGAAACAAUUGAUUCUGAAUACUUUUCUCAUAAUACAUAUAAAGAAAUGAAUGUGCCUAAUAGUCCCUCUCAUAAAAGAAUCCAAGAAACACCCAAGAUUGAAGAAUAUUCACCUGAAAUAAACCAAGAAACACUUGGGCCUGAAGACCAUUCACCUGAAAUAUUCCAAGAAACACCUCAGCCUGGAGAAUAUUCACCUGAAAUAUACCGUGAAACGCCUGGGCCUAAAGAAUAUUCACCAGAAACCUACCAAGGAACAAGUGAGCCUGAAGACCUCUCUACUAAGACAUAUACAAAUGGAAAUGUACUUAAAGAAGACCUUCCAGAACCAUACCAAGAAACAGGCAAGCCCCAUGGCCAGGACCCUACAGCACACGGAGAAGAUGCUAAGGAUGUUUAUACUCUUCCUCAAGAAAUGCAAGAAAAACCUAAAAUAGAAGAACCAGAAGUACCAGUAAUUUCACACAUUCAAGAGAUUCAUCCAGAAAAUGAUGUGUAUGACUAUGUUUUGUUUUAACAAUGCUCAACCAUAAAGUUGUAAUCCAAUGGAAUGUACAUCUUAAUAUUUUGUGUGUGUUUUUCCUCAAAGUAUUGUAGAAAUACCUACAAUUUUCAUUAAUAAUUUAACUUGGCCUCUUUUCCUUUUAUAUUUGAG